AUAUUCGAUUCCCGGCCCGCUACGACUUGAGGAAGAACAUCGUGACGGGCAAAUUCGUGACUCCGAGACCACAGCAUCCGAAAUAUUCUCCUGGGCAAGUGGGAUAAGUUGAUAGGAGGAAGACACGGGCAAUCGGGAAGUCUUCCUUGUUUGCCUUGGCUCCGCCGGAACAGAGAGACCGAGAAGAGAGGGCGAAGAGGAGGCAAUCGCGAACAGAGCAGCCAUGGGCGUGACCAAGGAGGACGUGGAGGCCGCCGUCGCCGCCGCGCUCAGCCCCACCCACCUCGUGGUCACCGAUACAUCCGGCGGGUGCGGCGCGAGCUACGAGAUCGAGGUGGUGUCGGUCAAGUUCGAGGGGAAGCGGCUGCUGGACUGCCACCGGAUGGUCAACACCGCGCUGGCGCCGCUCAUGGCCGAGAUCCACGCCGUCUCCAUCAAGGCGCUCACCCCCGCACAGGCCCAGCCCAAGCCCCAGCCGGAGCCGGCCGCCGCCGCCGACAAGUCGCAGCAGGCCUGAUUCGUCGCUGAAUGAAGCACUAGUACUGAAACCACAACACAUGCGCUGUUGGAUGUUGGGAACUCGCAUUAUACACUACUCUGCUUGAAUGAAUAAUGUAGCAAGAUGCGUCUGCGGAAUCGAGACUUUGCAGUGGCGCCAUGCCUGGCUGAUUAAGAUUUUGCUUCGUUUUGUCUA